CAUUGUUGCGGGGUAAGCCGGAGCCGCAAAGCUUUUCGACAGCUGCUUAACAAGUACAGAAGACGACAAGGGAGUUAUCCGAUGGUUGCUUGCUGCAGACAAUAAAACUUCGAAUAACUAACAUUUUUGCUUUGUCUUGGAAGGCGAUGCAUUCGAGUGCCUCAAACGUGCAAAGUGGCAGCUUGCCCCCAUCCCCGGUGGACGGCAGUCCCAGGAGGCUUUCUUGGGGCAACCUGGUGCAAAGGCUGACCGACAGUAUGGAGUCCAGAUCCAACAACAGCAGCAGGAGCGACCUCUCUGACUCAGUGUCCGACAUGUCCGAGGAGGACCUCUUCUACAACCCCACAGAGGAGGCCAUCCUCAAGGAGGUGGUGGAGCUGAUCGAGCGAAGCCUGCGCGAGGCUAAAGACUCGGCGUGCGCCCUGCGCUGCGCCAAGCUCCUCAUCCCCGACCGGCUCCUGGAGCGCAUCGGGGGCGAGCUCCUGCACCUGGCGGCCAGCGAGCCGUGCGGCCUGCGCGGCGCCCUGGUGGACCUGUGCGUGGAGCGGGGGCCGCAGUGCGAGAGCGUGGCGCAGCUCUCGGCCGACCCGUACCUGGUGCCCACCUUUCAGCUAACUCUGGUACUGAGGCUGGAGUCCGGCGGGCUGUGGCCCAAGAUCCAAGGACUUUUUAGUUCCAAAGUACCAGCGGGAAGACAAGCUAUCAAGCUGAGCACUGGAUUCCGUGUCAUCAAAAAGAAACUGUACUGUUCUGAGGAGCUGCUGAUUGAGGAAUGCUGAAUAUGACUGUAACCUUCUAACAGAGAAGGAUCUUACCACGGUACAGGUGAAGCAUUCUCAAGCGUAAACCUCCGUUUCUACAGAAACCGCCCAAAUGGCAUCUACAGCUAUACAGUCAUUGAAGAAAAAAAAACCCCCAAAAAAAAAAACAUCAUUU